GUUUUCAGACCACGCAGCAUAGUUUUCUGGAUCGUUGUCUGUAGUUCAGACGUACUUCAUAGCCAGAGAAGAAUUCAAGGGUUUUGCUCGUAUUUAAGUUACAGACAUGGCGUACAUCGGCAAGAGAACGUAUCGCAGACCAAACAUUAAGGCUUCUCCACAAGAGAUGCUUGCAGAGGGAACGGAGUUUCUCCAGUUCCUUGAGGGAAAAAACCUCUCUUCUCAAGAUAUCACCAAGCAAGAAUUGAAGAGUAUAUACGAAGGGAGCUACACCAUGUCGAAGUGGCCCUCUCGCCGUCGUAGGGGCACUCCGUUUUCGCAAGUACUUCGUGUCCUGAGGAACCAUAACAAGGUUCAGAUCGGGCGCUCAGGGAACGUCAUCAUCGGCACGGGAGAGUUCCUGGUGGCCAGGGGGACCACGGCGGUGGACCAGCACCUCGGGCUUCGCAGCCUGCAGUCCCUGGAGCAGACGCAAGGGGACGCCGAUGACGGUGCCACAGAGACAGCUCUUCCUGAUGACCCUGCCCUGCGGGAACAAAAACUGCUCGGGUGGAUAAAGACCCACAGGGAUGUCUUGGUGAAGAACAAGUUCAAUGUCGAAGUCAGCUGUGAGCAGGACGGGCAGAAUGGCCACAUCGACAUCUCCCUCCAGAGGCACACUGACGUCUGA